AUGUCCUCACCUCUUCCCCCCGGCGCAGGGCUUGUUUCACCUAAAUCUCCAUCCAUAGACUUCACAUCGCCAUUGGACACAUCCACCCUCAAAGACAGAUCAGUCUUGAUCACGGGCGGCGCCAGUGGAAUUGGCCUAGCAUGUGUCGAGAAGAUAGCAUCACACGGUGCUCUCGUCACCGUUGCGGAUGUUCAAGACAACGCAGGUCAAGACGCGGUUAAGGCCCUCACAUCAAAGGGCUACAAAGUCCAAUACGUCCAUUGCGACGUCACUGACUACACCUCCCAAGUCGACGCUUUCAAAUCAGCCAUAAGAUUCGGAGGCGGCGGCAUCGACGUCUUCGUCCCCAAUGCCGGAAUCAUCGCCCAGGAGAACCUCGUCGACAUGGCCGCGGCCACGGAACCAUCCUUGGACACAGUUCCCCCAGAGCCCGGGUACAGCGGAGGCGAUGUGAACCUCAAAGGCGUAUACUUGGGCUGUUACCUCGCGCUCCACUACUUCAGGCUCCCUCCGCCUGUUGGGGCUACACCGUUCAAGAAAUCGAUCGUCCUCGUUGCGUCUGCGGCUGGAUACCUGGGCUAUCCGAACAGCACGACAUACAGCCUCAGCAAGUUCGGCGUCCGUGGCAUAUUCUACGGCAUUCGAGACAAGGCGAGCCAGUCCGGCGUCCGCGUUAACCUGGUCGCACCUUUCUACGUCAAGACGCCCAUGACGGAUGUCCUGGAAGGCGAUUCCAAAGCAAGCGUCCACAUGUUGGGCUUUGCACCCCUCGAGAAUGUAGUCGAUGCCGUGUUGAGGUUCAGCGCGAACCAGGAGUUGGAGGGCCGCAGUGCGGUGCUGAGUCCCCAGGGAAGUUUCGACACUGAGGAUGAUGUCUAUGGUUCUUACGGAGGUGUCGUGAUGCAGAAGAGGAUGAGUGCGAUGAUGGAGGAGAUUCUUGCGAAGAUGGCUCCGAAAGAGAAUGGUGCUCAAGAGAACGGUGUUCAUUAG